AUGACACAGUUUCUGGCCGAGUACCUCAUCUCAGGCUUCGCCAUCGAGCUUCCUCGUAUCCUGGCGCGAAUCGGAGUUGCCAAUUCGUCCAUGGGAACAUUCUGGCCUGCAUCGCUACUCAGUCUCAUUCUCAGCGCAACGCUUCUUAUCUUUGCCAGAAUCUCAGACAUGUUUGGUGGAUAUAUCCCAUUCAUGUUUGGGGUCAUCUGGCUAUUCAUCUGGUCGUUGGUCGCAGGCUUUGCCAAUGUUCUAGUCCUGUUAGAUGUUGYGCGAGCGAUGCAAGGUCUUGCCAUUGCUGCCUUCAUCCCUUCGACUUUCGCCAUGAUAGGCAGCAUAUACCCGGACGGUCCACGCAAGAACAUAGUGCUGGGUCUGUAUGCCGGUUGCGCUCCUGUGGGAUUCUUUGCAGGGUUCCUUGCAGCCGGUGCAUUGCCGGAGAAUGCUCCAGGAUGGUACUUCUACAUCGCAGCAGCCCUGUCGUUCAUUACAAUCAUCACAGCCUACUUGACGGUGCCUCGUGAUCGCACAGAUCGACAGAUACUCGAUCUGAAAAUGGACUGGGCUGGCGCUGUCCUCUUCACUGGCGGAUUGAUCUUAGUGGCAUACGCACUUGCUGUCGAACCAUAUGCUGAUGGGUGGUCCUCGCCGCUCGUCCUGGGACCACUCAUCUCCGGGGUUGUCUGCUUGGCUGUCGCUUUCUGGGUGGAAGGCUGGGUCGCAACAUGCCCUUUGAUGCCUUUUGACUUCUUCAAGCCCAAGAGCACCAAAGCUUUCUCAUUGGCAUGUCUGUGCUUCUAUGCGUCUUACGGAGUGUGGCUGUAUGAGUCGGCGCAAUUCUUCCAAAGCCCUGCAGCGACGGGGACACCAGAUGGCAUUCAAGGGGUGACGCUUGCGUUAUGGUACGUUCCUACAGCAUUGGGAGGUUUGACUCUUUGCGUUGCUGGUGGUGCGUUGUUACAUCUCAUCCCUAUCAUGGCGCUGCUACUCAUAUCUGCACUCGCCUGGAUCGCCGCGCCUUUGCUGCUCGCGCUCUGUCCAUUGCCGAUGAACUACUGGGCAUUCGUCAUGCCAUCCAUGCUUUGCGCGACUAUCGGUAUCGACCUUACCUUUACAGUGUCAGUCGUGUUCCUCUCUGCGGUGCAGCCGCUAAAGUAUCAAGGUCUGGCCGGAGCCGUCUCAUCCAUUCUGGUAAAUCUGGCCAUGUCUUUUUCGCUGUCAAUCUCCGAAAUCACAGCUCUUGAGGCAGAGAGCUCAAUAGCUUUACCAAAUCCUGGAAGUCCCGGUUUUGCGGCCGCAAAAGCGAAACAAUCAAUCUGGGGAUUUCAAGCGGCUUUCAUUUAUGCUGCGGCAUCAGCUGGGCUGGGACUCAUCAUCACUGUGCUCUUUGUACGGAUAUCGAGAUCUGUCGUUGGCGGGAAGCCUGUUGAUGAGCCGCGAUCGGUUGAGGAGGCACGGAGGCCGACUUCUUCCGAGGCGCCUACUUUGGUCGUGCAUGACGAGAAGAUGGGAGAGAAAUGA